CGCGGGAGACAGCGAGAACGGCACCGCGAGAAGAGCAAAGAGACAAGGAAAAGAAGGCCUCGCGCCUGCGUUUUUGUGGGGCAGCAGUCAGCAAGUUCUUCUCUCGGGCGUUUUUUGCUUUACCGUCAAAUUUUUCUCUUCGUUUUCUCUCUGAGAGAAACCGGAAACGUAGCAGAGAACGAGCGAAGCGUGGCCUGUCUUCCUGUGUCCAUACGCCGCCGCCUUCGCGUGGAUGUAGCGGAGAUCUCGCCGGGGCAGGGAGAGAAGAAAACCUCACGCUUUCUCUUCCAUUUCGACACGCGUUUUCCAAGAACGCAAAGGCGACGCGUGCCUCAGUCUCAACGUCGUGUUCGCUCUCCGAGGAGCACCGCGUCUUGUCGGUUGUUUUCCCCUCACCUGUGUUUUUCUCCUCUCUCUCCCUCUCUGUUCGUCGUUUGUUCUCCCUGUUUUCCCUUCUUUUCUCGGCCUCAUCUCUCGUCCUUCCCCGUUCGCCACUCUUGCUUCUCCCCCCCCCCUGCCUCUCCACCAGACUUCUCGUUCUGUCUCAUAGUUUGCCUGUGCCUCUGCCAAGAUGGCGAACGAAGACGGGGAGACCGCAGCCUCGAAGAUGACUUACCUCUCUCCAAUUGCUUCGCCGCUGCUGGACGGGAAGUCGCUGCGCAGGAGUCUGAAACUCAUUCAGCUCGCUGCAGACCGCGAGAGGGCAGCUCGCGGCAAGCAGGGAAAGGACGAAAAAGCAAAGAGCCCACAGGCGAAGAAGGGCGCGAAGCUGCUGCGGCGCGGCGUCCACGAGGUGACAAAGUGCUUGAGGAAGGGCGUCAAGGGUAUCGUUUUCUUCGCCUCGGAUGUCUUCCCCAUCGAAAUCAUUGCUCACCUGCCCAUCCUCUGUGAGGAGAAAGAUGUGGUGUACGCGUACCUCUGCAGCAAGAAGACGCUCGGCCAUGCCUUCCGGUCUAAGCGCCCCGCCAGCGUUAUCAUGAUCACUCCUGGGGAAGACAUGCCGGAGGUGGACGGCGAAGACAGCGAAGAAAAAUUCGAGGAAGUCUACAAGAAGGUCGCGAAACUUGUCAGAAAGAGCAACCCCUACUUCUAAAGCAAGAAAAAAGCGCGGCUUGACGACCGGGCGUCGAGUGAGGCCGGGAGAUGAGAGUGCCUGUCGCUGAGGUGUCUGUACACCGGCCAGGGUGGAUAUGAGGUUGCGAUGGAGACGGCGAGGAUGGGAGGUUGAGCGCAGGGGACGAUGAUAGAUGAUCACAGGUAUAUAUGCGGAGACGUACACAAAGCUUCGAAGCGAGACUGCCAGAAAGCGGCAAGAAAAGUGAAUUCCCAGUCAAGAAGAUUCUGCCGAUUCGGCGGUUUCCCGGCUUUCCACGCAGCGACCGCGAUGCGUGGUUCAAAGGUGGGAACCAGGUGGCCCGGGUGUACGUCCACCUUGAGGCUGUCUGUGCUUUUUCGGUUAAAGCCUUCUUCAAGUAAAAGAUCCGCGUUUUGGAAAAUCAAGAGAACCAGCGAAAAAGUUGGCCGUACCGACUGACCUGCCAGCCGGCUGCUGGUGUCGCGUCGCCGGCAUUUCAGGUGUACGUACACCCGACCCAAACGCGCGAACGGCUGCAGGGCGGUUCCGUUCUGUGGUGUAUGUACACCUCAGAAGUCUCUACAGAGGCUAUUUGUUUUGGGCUGGUGUGCAGCAGGGUCGCUGCCGACAGUCCUGCGGUGUGACCGACCUCUCGGUUUCUGUUUUUUUCCGCCCUUCUUGUCUAGGCUGUUUCUGGCCCUGUCUUGCGUCAACUGAAAUCUGUACUGCUUUUGCACUUCUACUACGCUUGUCUUCUCGAAGAGACUUUGACUUAAUGAAAGGUGAAGAAA